CCGCGAACUUCAGUCGAUCGCUGACGCUCGUUUGGUGUACACGUCUGCUCGAUCGUAGUGGUGUAGCUAUCGCGAUUUUUAUCGAUAAAAGUUGUGUUGUGUUUAUUUUUUUUUAUCGAAAAGAGUAAAACAGAUUUUUUAGUGCUGUGAUUUUGGGCUGGUCUGUUUCUUUUUCUGUAAAGAACCCGUUAUGUCCAAUUGAAGACCAAUAAGCGAGUUACAACGAUGGCGGCCGCGGGCGCUUUGCUUCUGGAGACGAGGCCGUUCAGGCCCUUUAAGUCCUCCGAGGAGUACUUGUAUGCUAUGAAAGAGGAUCUUGCGGAAUGGUUAACAUUAUUGUACCCGGAACUGAGGAUAACAGCUGAGAAUUUCCUUGAUAGACUUGACACAGGCGUCGCAUUAUGCCGGCAUGCAAACGCAGUAAGGGAUUCCGCUCGCCUGAUCCUUGAAUCACCGGCUCCAGAAACAGAAGAGGCUGUAGUCCUGGCCAAAGCCCUGCGGUCCCGACCUCCAGUCAACAUGCUCCCAGCGGCCAAAGCGGGAACAUUCUUCGCUCGAGACAACGUCUCCAACUUUAUUGAAUGGUGCCGCCGGGCGCUCGGUAUACUCGAAUGUCUACUCUUCGAAACCGAUGAUUUAUGCCUUCGAAAGAACGAAAAACACGUAGUCCUUUGCCUUCUAGAAGUAGCUAGGAAAGGCGCCGUGCUUGGAAUGCCUGCUCCUCUGCUUGUGCAAAUGGAGAAACAGAUCGAAAGAGAAUUAGCAGGAGAAGAAUUGAGACCGGAUGACUCUGCUUUGGGCUUAGUCCCCCUCGGUCCUCAACCGCAAUUGGUGACAAAUGAUUUAAGAAGCUUGGACGAGCGUGUCAGGGAUUUAGUCGAGCGAUGCUCUUGUCCUACACAAUUCCCAAUGGUCAGAGUAUCUGAAGGAAAAUAUAGAAUUGGCGACACCAGGAUUCUGAUAUUUGUUAGGAUCCUUCGUUCCCACGUGAUGGUACGCGUUGGUGGCGGUUGGGACACACUCGCCCACUACCUGGACAAACACGACCCGUGCCGUUGCCGCACACAGCACCGGACCUCACUCUCCGCACGUCUGGCACGACCCAAACACGACCUCGCUGGCGCUACCGUCACUUACGAAAGACCCGACGCUAGCCCAACAUCCCUCCCAUACACAAAAACCGAAAAAUACGAACCAAUGUCACUCCAAUAUUCUCCAAAAGUUUACGAGGAACCGAGAGCACAUUAUCAAUCGAAUCACAAGCUAGAUGCUCCAUCCAGUUUACCAUACAUGGGGGAGAUGGAUAGGGCAUGUUCUCCUGGUAGAAAGUAUUUAACACCUCGGGCAAACAGCCCUGGUAGAUGCUCCGCUUCGCCUGACAGAAGGACCAAAAUCGUAACUACCAAUCACUUGGUACCAUCACCUCAUGCUAUAAGGAAUAAAAGUCCAAGGCCGGUGUCACCCGCACCAGCCACAGAAAGUGCAUCUGACAACGGUUCAGAAGUAUCCGAUGAGGGUUAUAGGAGCCUGGGAGUGGUCGCCGGGUCCACACAGGGGUCGCCGUCAACGAAAACAACCAAUCGAUACUCGAUUCAUAGUCAGAAUUCUAUGGAUGACGCAGAUUAUAACGAGCGUCUCGAGCACGAUGACGGCUGCCACAUGGACAAGAACGAGCGCAUUGACGACUACGUCAGCCUGACCACCGGAUUACGCAAGACAGACUUCUCUGAUACGUUCUACGGCGGACAGAGCAGGAAGACCAGUUCCGUCGAUGACAAGUCCAACCGCGCCAGCCCCGAGUGCAUCAUCAGCACAGAGAGCAACGACUCCCCCAGCAAGAGUCUCAGACCUAACAGAGAAGUCUCCGAGUCACCAACAAAGACCAUACGCAGCAGACAAGCAAGCAGAAUCCCACAUUCCCCAGUUAGAAACAAAACCCCCAGCCGCGGAAACACUCCCAGCCCAAAGCACACAGCCAGCCCAGUCCAGACAUCACCCAAACUGAAGCCCAAGCUCCCUCCCACAGCAAGAAAUACCUGGAGCGGCAGGACCGCACCCACACAAACAAAAACUAAAACCAGACCUACAAUUGGUGCCGAUACAUUCGAUAACCCAAACAAAUCUCCGAAAGCUAAGCCGAAAGUCGGCCAAACAGAAGCUUUCAAGCGUAAUUCCCCUUUAAGAGCAAGCAGCGCUACUCUACGUUCCCCACCGCAUCAAAAGCAAUUAAGCCCUUUAUUGGAACAGAUCUUAAGGUCGGCGGAGUCAGCGAAAGAUGACGCCACCGUAUUAGAAAAAAUGAAAGAGAUCAUCAGAACAUAUUCCAAAGGUGAUGACUCUUUAUCAAGGACAAGCUCAAAAGACUCCGAUUACGCUGACUUCACAUCGGCUUGGGUGAUGUCUGAUGGUAAAUUGGAGAGGUCUACCAGCACCAGGCAGUUAGCUGCCCCGAGGAAGGACCCUAGGACUGGAGCUUCGAGGAUACCAGCGCCGGUGUCUAUUGGCUGCAGGAGGUCAACGUCGACGUCGCAAUUCCAAUGACAGCUGUCGCUCGAAACCACGUCGAGUGACUCAAAGACUGAGCAAGUGUAAGUGUUUGUGACUGUGAAUAAUCAAACAUUGGCGCAAACUUUUGGAAUGAUCGAGGAUCCAAAUAUAGUGGACGGUUAUUUCCAAACCUUCGAUUAUGAUGGAUUAUAUGUAUUUAUUAACAAUAAUCAUAUCUUCAGAUAAAUAUUUAAUAUCUAAAUUGUAGUGCUAAUGUAGAAUUUUACGCGAUUUUCGCUAUUUGAUUCGAAUAUCAAAAUCACUAGUGUACUAACAAACUGUACUAAUGAUUCAUUUUAGUAUAGACAAUUUGUACUAAUAAUUGGUAAGUACAUUGAUGAGUAAUCAUUUUUAAUUUAAUCUUUUAAAGGAGACGAAAAGAGACGAACUAUGAUUGACAUGACAUUGUGUAAAGGAAGAUGGUGCUAAAAGAUCAAGUUAAUUUGUUAAGUUAUAUUUAUAUUUAAGAUAUUUUUAAUUUGAACUUAUAUAAUUUAACAAUAAAGUUCUGUUACAAAUAAGUCGAAUACAAAUUGAAUACAUUUUUUCAUAUGUUUUUUAUAAUUGGAUUUAGUUAAAAAUGAGUUGAACUCGCACGAGAUUUUUUUUUAUUUGACGAAAUUAAAUAUAUUUACGAUUUAUGUAGAUUAAGUUUUGUAGCGUAAUAUUUUAAGUUAUUUAAGUUUCUAUUGCUAUCCCGGUCAAAUCUAACAUUUUUCCUACUAAUAUAAAUUUCUGUUAUUUUACAGCAAACAAAAAUGAAAAUUAUUCUUUAUAAGCCGGGAGUUUUGACAAUUUUUUUCUAUUUUUUUAAAUCAGCAAUCUCAUUGUUAUUUAGGUUGUGAAGGGCAUAGAGCUUAUAUAAGAAAAAGAUUGGCAAAAUUGAAUUAAACGAACUAUUUCGAUGUAAUUUUCAAUAGGAUAUUCUAUAAAAUAAUUAAAAAAUAACGUAAUUUUAAUCUUGUCCGUUGUAACGUAAAUUUAAAGAUAAGAUACAAUAAUCGAUAUUACUUAAUAAGUGUAAAAAAUCAGUAAAAAAAAAUAUUUUUUCACUUCCAAAAAGAAUUACCGUCCAGUUUAAAGGAAAUCUAAAGAGCCGCUUCAUUUGUUCUUAUAUAUAAUUUAACUGAAUCGUUAAAUUAACAAACGAAGCGACUCUAUUCCUUUACUAUCUAUGGUCGAUUUUGUAUUUUGCCAGUUGUUUACAAUUUUUCACGCAAUUUUAAUCUUUAUAUCUAUGUGCAUUAGAUGUUAUUUCACUGUAUCCUAAAGCUACGGCGAUCAUGCUUGGCUCACUAUAGGUGUCGAGUGACGUCAUUAUUGUAUACUUGUCUCUUUCUUUUCUAAGAGAAUGAAAGAGAUGUCAUCAAUACUAGUGUAAUUCAAUUUGUCUACUGAGAAUUUUUUUAAUUAUAAUUAAUUAUAAAGCCAAUCUUAUAACGCUCUACCCUGAACUAUUAUUUAUUUAUUGUUUUUAAUAUUGUAGUAAAAGCAAGAAAUAAGUAAUAGUUUAUUACGUUGAUAUUAUGAAUAUUAUCUAAGAAACGGAUUAAAAUUCUGUAGAUAAUAUUUUAAAAAUUCAACAAUCUAAUUUGCUAUUUAUUGUCGGCAAAUAUUACACUAAGAUAAUAAACCGGUUUAAACUGAUUGAUUUACUUUACUCAGAGACGCUAAAUUAUUACUAAAAAGACCCUUAGUGUGGAACUAUAUUUUUUUUCCACUAAGACUACUUAACCUUUAAAUGGGACUCUUUCUCGUGAGUUAUUUUUUGUUAUUAGUGUAAUAUUUGUUGAUAAACGCUAGAGGCUAAGUGGAACUUUUUGUAACAGUUUCUUCUAAUAACGUUACCAGUGACUAUGCCAUAGAAAUUGUUAUGAUUCACUCAAUAAAACUUAUAAGACAAA